UAUGUCUCAACAGGUUAGAGAACAAGAGCUGCUUGUACAUUACGCCUACAAGAAGUUUCAUUCUAUGUCUUAGGAAUCGAACCCUCACGUCGUGACUGUCAGUAAGACGUGAAAUAACCUCACUCCUAUCAUUUACACCACUGGACUACGCCCCAGGGCUCUCUUUUCAUCACGUUUAUAUAUACCUAAAAUUUCCCUUGGAACCACUGCUACCUUCUAAAUCUCUCUUCCAUCAAGCGUUUUAUUUUGAAUUCCAAAGCAAACGAAAAAUGGCAGCCUUUUCAUCAUAUAAUCAGCAGCACCCUUUUCCUAUUGACUCAGUUGUUCUGCAACCAAACUCUUCCAUCAUUAAAAUUUGCGAACAACUAAACAGUGCAAAUACCGCUGAAUUUGGACAGGUUAUUGUGCCUUCCAAUCUUGGUGUUCUUCGAAAUAGAUGCCUUGACCAGAGUACAAAAGUUUCUUUCAGCGAUAAUGAGUCUAAUUCUUUGAUGAGCAUAAAAAACAAGAACAGUAUGGACUCUUCUUCAGUUUCUGAUAAAUAUGAGAGUAGUGAUCAACAAGUCUCUCAAAAGAUAACUUCCGUAGCGGAGAAGAAGAAGAGAAAAGGAAAAUUAAUGAGGUCUUCAUCAAAUUCUGCUCAACCCAAGGAUAUGAAAGAAUUGAAAGGAAAGAAGCAAAAGAAUGUUGUAGACAAGAAGCAGCCUGGAGAAGAGAAGAAAGAAUCUGAAGAAGACCCAAAAGGCUAUAUUCAUGUAAGAGCAAGAAGAGGUCAGGCAACUGAUAGCCACAGCCUUGCAGAAAGGGUGAGGAGGGAGAAAAUAAGUGAAAGAAUGAAGGCACUCCAAUCUCUUGUUCCUGGUUGUGACAAGGUAACUGGAAAGGCCCUCAUGUUGGAUGAAAUUAUCAACUAUGUCCAGUCCCUACAAAAGCAAGUGGAGUUCCUCUCAAUGAAGCUUGCUUCAGUGAAUCCCAUGUUCUACGACUUUGGCAUGGACUUGGAUGCUAUCAUGGUUAGACCUGAUCAGAGUUUAAAUAGCUUGGCAUCACAACUGCCAACUAUGCAACAAUGCAGCCCUAUACAGCCACCAGUCAUUCAUGAGACAAACACAUGCUUGACGGCACCCAAUUGCUAUUCUCGUCUGGAUAGUUUGUCUCCCCUUCCAUUUCAACAAUCUCAUAUGCCAAAUACUCUCCCUCAGGGUAAUGGACAGCUCUUAUGGGAUGUGGAUGAACAAAGACAAAAAAUUAUUAGUGAGACAGGGUUCAGCAAUAACUUAUUUUCAUUUAAUUGAAAUGUAAAAUCAGCCGUUGCCUUACAAGCAUGCAUUUGGUUGUAGGAAUUAGAAAUUGCAUGCAGAAGUGGAUAUUAUUCCCAAGUAUCAAAUGUAAUGAAGAACAAGAGAUGGUGGCAGUCGAUGAAUAAGAGAUGAUUUUUAUUUAUUUUUUCGUCUCAUUCUUUGUCUUGUUUAAUCCCAAAUGUAUAUGGGAGCACAAAUUUCUAGACAGAUGUUAAAAAUAGAUGCAUGGUGUUGGCAUU